AUCCCAGGAGGCAGCGGGGCAGCUCGCUCUUUCGCCGCCAUCUUGGCUGCCGCGGCGGGGGGCUGCCGGGACCGGGGCUUCAGGACGACACCAUGACCGGGAGGCUGUGGUGCAAAGCCAUUUUUGCUGGCUACAAACGUGGCCUCCGAAACCAGCGGGAGCACACUGCCCUUCUGAAAAUUGAAGGUGUUUAUGCCCGUCAGGAGACAGACUUCUACUUGGGCAAGAGGUGUGCCUACGUGUACAAAGCCAAAAACAACACUGUAACGCCCGGGGGCAAACCCAACAGGACACGGGUCAUCUGGGGGAAGGUGACGCGUGCCCAUGGGAACAGCGGCAUGGUUCGGGCCAAGUUCCGCUCCAACCUUCCUGCCAAGGCCAUUGGACACAGAAUCCGGGUGAUGCUGUAUCCAUCUAGGAUCUAAAUUUUUAUUGGAAAUAAAAAUGGAUAAUCUGUUCAAA